AUGUCUGAUGAGAAGUGUGAGGAUAUUUCUGAUGAGAAGUGUGAGGAUAUGUCUGAUGAGAUGUGUGAGAAUAUUUCUGAUGAGAAGUGUGAGGAUAUGUCUGAUGAGAAGUGUGAGGAUAUUUCUGAUGAGAAGUGUGAGGAUAUGUCUGAUGAGAAGUGUGAGGAUAUUUCUGAUGAGAAGUGUGAGGAUAUGUCUGAUGAGAAGUGUGAGGAUAUGUCUGAUGAGAAGUGUGAGGAUAUGUUUGAUGAGAAGUGUGAGGAUAUGUCUGAUGAGAAGUGUGAGGAUAUGUCUGAUGAGAAGUGUGAGGACAGGUAUCAUGAGAAGUAUUAG